ACGUGCUGUGAAGGGCGUGUGCGUAUAAGAGGAAAGACGGCCGGUUGGUUCGCUGUCUUCGUGUAGCACGGCGUGUUUCUGUGGUGAAAGGUUGUAAAGGAUAGAAGAUAAAUUUAAACUAAAGCUUAGGUUGUGCUACUUCAGUAAAACAAGCAGUUAUGAAGUUACUGUGGGCUUUAACGGCUCUGCUGUUGAGCUAUUUUCGAGCCGAUGCGACCACAGUCCCCAUAAUUAUUACUGAACCUUCUGAGGUCAGCAACCAGACAACAGCUGUUCUCAGCUGCAACUUGACCAACCCUAACCUUCCCAUCAAGGGCUCCUACUGGACACACAAUGAAAAACCCAUUGAUGAAUCCAGGUCUGAUAGCACUGCUGCUUACACGGUUUACCGUUUGGAAAAAAUCACCUAUCACAAUGGUGGACAAUAUAAAUGUGUUUUUAUGACUGAGCCACAAGUGACAAAGACGAUAGAAGUUAAAACUCUUCCCCAUGUUGGUGCUUACAAGCACUCUGAGCAUGGCAAUGAGAUGGACAAAGGUGUGCUGACCUGUGUGGCUCAUGGUCAUCCUCUCCCUACUGACUGGGUCUGGGUCAAAGAGAAGGACGGCAAAACAACGCCUAUUCUCAACGGCACUGGUGACCGAUAUGAGAUCAAGAGCACCCCCAACAAGACCAUACUGUCCAUCAAUGAGCUGAGCAUUGAGAAUGAUAUUGGAGACUACAUUUGCUCUGGAACCAAUGAACUUGGCACAGUCAGUGACAAGAUCCACCUGCGUGUCCGCAGCCGCUUGGCUGCUCUCUGGCCCUUCCUUGGCAUCGUGGCUGAGGUCAUCAUCCUUGUGACAAUCAUCUUUAUCUACGAGAAGAGGAGAAAGCCUGAUGAGGUCAACGACGAUGAUGACUCAGGAUCUGCUCCUCUGAAGAGCAACUCCACCGCCAACCACAAGGACAAGAAUGUGAGGCAAAGGAAUUCAAACUAAAAGCUGAAGAUGGAUAUUCAGUGGGCACUCCAGGAUUCAGCUGUCAUGUGGCUCAAUAUUACUGCGCACCCUGCAAUUUGAAGUUCCUUUUUUGUGCUUGGGUGUAAAUGUUUUAGGAAAAAUAAAAUUUCCUCUUUCAAUGCUAUGUUCUUCACAUCACACAGCCAGGAUCACGGUGCGGAGGGGAAAGAAAAAAAAUUCUGCUUGAGAUCAUAUUGCAUGAGUUUCUAAGAUGUUCUAGCCAAAAGUGUGUGUUGCUGUAAAAUCAUUAGAAUGGUUUACUGCAGAUUGCUUAGUCUAUGAUCUUCUGUUUUUUGCUGAUGUUCCUCGCACUGAUCUCAGUUGUCAAUAGUACCGUAGUUUUUUUUUUUUUUUUUUUUUUUUUAAUCCUGUGUGAGAUGGCUUCUUGUAAAAUGGCACAAGCUUUGUUUCCAGGAUGUGGAAUGCUUUUGAUCUUUAUAAAUCCCUGCCAUAUUGGGAGGGCACAUUGAAGUUCAGAUCUACUGAGCAAUCUGAAUUUCAGUGCAUUUUGCCUUAAAUCCCAUUUCUCAUCUUUUUUGGAUUUGGUUUAUCCCAAUAAAAGAUAAAAAGCUGACAUUAAAUAAAAUGCUAAGAAUGUCCAAGUUUUCUUAGUCUUUAGUUGGGGGGGGGGGUUAUUCAUGGAAGAUUUUUUAUUUUAUUUUAUUUACGAGUAUUUUUAUUUUUUAAUGAUAUUUACAUUCAGUGGAUUCCUUCGGACCAAGUGAAAGAACUGCAACUGUUUCAUCCAUGGAUUACAACUAUAUUCAGGUGAACGUCUAAAACUUCUGGAAUAAAAAUAUGCAUUGGAUUUUAAUUUUUUUUUUUAUCCCUCAUGGUCUCACCUGAAACACUUGUGUCCAGUGUCUCAACAGCUGUUUGGUUUAUUCACUGUAGAUAAUUCAAAAGCCAUAUAUUCUAUUUAACCCAAGUAGUGUUGUGAUUAAAUGUUACACUUUAGAGUUGUAAAAUUUAAAGACCAGGUCAGUGUUGUGUAAAAUGGUUGUACGCUUUUUUAUUCUUACAAAUAUGGAAAACCAUCUCAUGUACAACUUGCACAAA